GGGUCCCAGGGGAGACAGCUCCUCCUCCUCCGACCACUGCUCCUUCACCAGCUAAAAAGCAGAGAUGCUGGUGCUCUGGAUAAUCCCAUUUUUCCUCCUGGGAGCAGCCCUAGGAAAAGAGGUCUGCUAUAAUGACCUUGGAUGCUUUUCUGACACUGAGCCCUGGGCAGGCACAGCCAUCCGGCCCCUAAAACUUCUCCCUUGGAGCCCUGAGAAGAUCAACACACGCUUCUUGCUCUUCACCAAUGAGAACCCAGAUGCUUUCCAGGUUCUCCAGCCCUCUGACCCAUCAACCAUUGAGGCCUCCAAUUUUCAAGUGGCCAGGAAGACUCGGUUCAUCAUCCAUGGCUUCAUAGACAAAGGAGAAGAGAACUGGGUGGUAGACAUGUGCAAGAACAUGUUCCAAGUGGAGAAGGUGAACUGCAUCUGCGUGGACUGGAAGGGAGGCUCUCAGACCACCUACACGCAGGCUGCUAACAACGUGCGAGUAGUGGGUGCCCAGCUGGCUCACAUGCUUGACGUCCUUGCGACAAACUACAGCUACUCGCCUUCCAAAGUCCACCUCAUUGGCCACAGCCUAGGAGCUCAUGUGGCAGGAGAAGCAGGAAGUCGGACUCCAGGCCUAGGCAGGAUUACUGGACUGGAUCCCGUAGAAGCAAGUUUUGAAGGCACUCCUGCAGAGGUCCGGCUUGACCCCUCGGAUGCCAACUUUGUGGACGUGAUUCACACAGACGCAGCUCCCUUGAUCCCAUUCUUGGGUUUUGGAACAAAUCAAAUGAUGGGUCAUUUUGACUUCUUCCCCAACGGAGGACAGAACAUGCCCGGGUGCAAGAAGAAUGCCCUGUCACAGAUUGUGGACCUAGAUGGCAUCUGGUCAGGAACCCGGGACUUUGUGGCUUGUAACCACCUGAGAAGCUACAAGUACUACUCGGAGAGCAUUCUCAACCCCGAUGGGUUUGCUGCAUACCCUUGCACUUCCUACAAAGAUUUUGAGUCUGACAAGUGCUUCCCCUGCCCAGAUCAAGGCUGCCCACAGAUGGGUCACUAUGCUGAUAAGUUUGCUGGCAAGACAAGUGAGGAGCCACAGAAGUUCUUCUUGAACACAGGAGAUGCCAAGAACUUUGCACGUUGGAGAUACCGGGUUUCCCUGACACUGUCUGGAAGAACAGUCACUGGGCAGGUCAGAGUGGCUCUGUUUGGAAGCGAGGGCAAUACCCAACAGUACGAUAUCUUCAGGGGCAUUUUGAUGCCAGGUGCUACGCAUUCCAGUGAGUUUGAUGCCAAGCUUGAUGUGGGAACAAUUGAAAAAGUCAAGUUUCUUUGGAAUAAUCACGUAGUAAACCCAAGCUUCCCCAAAGUGGGUGCGGCCAAGAUCACUGUGCAAAAGGGAGAGGAGCGGACGACGUACAACUUCUGUAGUAAAGACACGGUGAGAGAAGACAUUCUGCUCACUCUCUUGCCUUGUGACACCCCAGACGCCAUGUGACCUCAUCAGUACCAAUAAAAUCCUCUGCUGCACAUAACCACACAGCGUCUGUCUCGGAUGUCAGCUGCCACCCAUGGGGACAUUCAGCAACUGAAUAUUAAAAAUGCUGAUGAGCA